AUGGGUUUGCUCGGAGCAUGUAAAAUCUGUUUUGGAGGUUUGAGUUUCACAUCCGACAACAUUUCCGACGAUCGCAAGCUCUGGCGACAUCUCCGACAAGCCAGACGAGAUCGGAAACUACAGAAACCUCACGGAGGAAACAACGAUUAUGCCCACGCUUGCUCUAUCGCCAUAUCCUCACCCCCACCACCUCUGCCAACCCACAACAUCGCUUUAUAACUUCUAUCCCUAAUCGUACAAUCGAACCGCAUAAUCGAAGCCUUCCAGCCUACAACGGACUUCGCAGCCUCGCUAGUCGCUCGUUGCAAUCGAAGCAAACCCAUUUGGAGAAUCGCUAGUCGCUCGUUGCAGUCGAAGGUCACUCGCCUGUCGUCUUAUUACGCCAGCUAUAACAUCGAUCGAGUUCUGUUGUACUCACCAGUCACCAGCGCUUCAAGGAAGCGGGUAGCCUCCACUCCGGCGCAACCAACUCUAAGGACUCGGGAAAGCACUAAAGAAAAGAAAUCACAGGACAACAAGUUUGGAUGACGUUGCUUGAUUGGGAGUUUUUUUAAUGUUUAAAUGUAAUGUAAUAUUGUGAUGAAUUUAGUUUUUCAUAUUUUGUACUUUGGUGACAUGGUU